CUUGAACGCAGUAGCGUGUAUUUGAUGCGACGUUAUCACACGUAUUGGGUCCAGUGAGAACUCAUCAGCUGUCUGAAGAAGUGUGCAUGAUCUGAAGAGGCAAAAUGGGUAGGAGUUACUUUGUAGAUGAAGCUGUGGAAGAAUAUCUUGGUGGGCUUCAGGCAGCUCCUGGAUCCUGUGUGACUGGACUCCUGGCUGGUCAAUCUUCUCCACAGAGAGAUUUUGUAGUGCUGGCUGUGCAGACUCCUCACAGGGAGAAUGAGGGGCAACCGAAGUCUUCGAAAGGGGUCAGCCCACUGGAUGACAUUGAUGUGGAGUGGGUCACAGAACAUGCCAAGCAGGUGUCCCGCAUGUUACCAGGAGGUCUUUGUAUUCUUGGCCUGUUUUUAGUAACCCCACCUGAACUCUCCAAAGAUGCCCAAAAUACAUUUAAAAGGCUCAUAUUUGCCGUGGAUAAAUACAUAACUAAGGGAAGAUUGUGGGAAUUGUCAGAGGAUGAUGUGACUGAUCGUGUCACCCUGCAUAUCUGCUCCAAAACAAAGAAAACUGUCUGCAAAACAUUUGAUGUAAAAGAUCCAAAGAGUUCGGCCAAACCAGCAGACUGGAAGUAUCAGACAGGUGUUUCAUCAUCCUGGCCCAUGUUGACCUGCUCUGUUAAGGUGGACCUGCAGAUCCCUGUGACAGGAUCUUCUUCUGAUAACACAGACAAGUCCAUGAAGGAUGGUCUUAAGAGGUGGGCUAAACAAAUUGAGGCUGCUUACUGUCUCAUAAAUGGCAGACAGGCAUUAGAUGACUCUGAACUCAUAACAGGACAGAAAAAGAACCCAAAAACAACCCAUCGUCCGACACUGCCAGCACGGAUCUUUGUCUCAGAUGAACAGGCAGAGCUGGAUAAGCGAAGCAGUGCACUGGUUCAGGUGUGCAGUAGCUCCAUGAGGGUUCGAGGAGUGGUUCACUGCAGGGCCUACAUCCACAAUAACAAACCCAAAGCCAGACAUGCAGCACAGGCCAUUAAGAGAGACGUCAUAAACACGGUUUGCUCCAGAGUGGAGAUGUUUCUGGAAGAUCUUUUAAUGAAUGAAGAAAGUCAAAAAGGUCUGUGCAGUGGGCAGCAGGCCCUUCCUCGACGUGUGUUUGCACCGAUGCCCAUCGCCGGCCUGUCUGUGUGUGACUACAUGUUCCCAGACGAAAGUACAGCUGAUGUGGCCGAGCGCCUGAAAGAGAUGCUAGACUGCGAAACCCCAGAGGAGGACAUAGAUACUAGUUUGGAGAGCAAUCAAUGGAUAACAGACAGCCACAGUGAUGAUUCCAGUAAGCAUGUCACCUCAGUUCAAGCAGAAAAUCCCAAAAUUCAGAAAGCCCCUCAAUAUUAUGCUGGUGUGGCCAUAGCAGCAGCUAUCGCUCUCCUUGCCACAGCCACAUCUCUACUGUAUCUCAGUGAAUGACAAUGGAAAUAGUAAACAUGUUUGUAUGAGUGAGUGUGUACAUUUGUAUAAUAUACUGAAUGAUCUUAAAUAUGAUUUCAAAUGUAAUUCUUAAAUUUGGACUAUUAUAGGAUUAUAUGAAAUUAGGGCUGUCAGUUUAACUUAAUCAAUUAGUUAUGAAAAAAUAACACAAUUAAAAAUUUUUAACACAGUUAGCACGCUGGCCCCGCCCCCAGACCUGUACGUCAUCAUAUAUUUCAUACAGUUGAUUGUUGUUGAAAAAUAUGAUACAGGGCAGCAACUCCAUAGAUGCGGUUAUGCUCUAAAAUUCAAGAUAUUGGUACAAGAAAUGCCCCUGUAUGUGUUUUGUCUCAUAUUUAUAUAUCACAUAUCACACUAUAUCACACAGGCAGCAAGAGCAAUAUGACAUGAGUGCUGAUUUUAUCCCAAUCUAUGUGU